AUGGACCUCUGCUCCAAAUGUUUUACGGGUAGGUGCGUCCACUCAACUCCCCUCACACACCCUUUCCCCUCGAGUUAAGAGUGUGUUUAAAGCAGAUUGCUUUGAGUCAUGCAGCAAUACCAAAGAUCUGUGUGUGUGUGUGUGUGUGUGAGAGAGAGUUUGUGUUGGAGAGAGAAUGUGUGUGUGGGUGGGAGAGACUGUGAGAAUGGCUGUGUGUGUGUGUGUGUUAGCAUAGGUGAGUAUGCAAGUGUGUAGUUGUGUGAGAAUAGGUGAAUGUGAGGGUAUAGUGAGUGAGUGUGUGUGUGUGUGAGAGUAUGUGUGCCUGUACGCCACGUGUGUGUGUGUGUACUAGUGCCAUCAUGAUUGAGCAAAUAUCUGUUUGUUCACGUCCCUACUGCUGUGUUGUCACAAGCUGGAGUCCCCCUCUGCUGCUGUGGCCGGCCUGGAGUGGCUUUAGAGUGGCAGACGCUAUGUAAACAGGGGGCUUGUGUGAAGAGGAGGUGGAGAUAGGGAGAGGGAGGAGAAACCCUCUCUCCUCCACCGUUAUGCUCCACGGACCUACUACUGGAUAGUGGAUCCAUACUCUCCUGCCGUGUGUGGCUAAGCGUGACCUCUCGACUACUCUCUCUCUCACACACACACACACACACACACACAACAACAACAAGCAGACACACACACACACACACACGAGCAGAUAUACAGAACACAUACACAGAUGCAUACAGUGCAUUCGGAAAGUAUUCAGACACCUUGACUUCUUCCACAUUUUGUUACGUUACAGCCUUAUUCUAAAAUUGAUUAAAUAAAGCAUUUUCCUCAUCAAUCUACACACAAUACCCCAUAAUGUCAAAGCGAAAACAGGUCUUUAGACAUUUAUAAAAAAUAAAAACCUGAAAUACCUUAUUUACGUAAGUAUUCAGACACUUUGCUAUGAGACUCGAAAUUGAGCAUUUCGUGCAUCCUGUUUACAAUGAUCAUCCUUGAUGUUUCUACAACUUGAUUGGAGUCCACCUGUGAUAAAUUCAAUUGAUUGGACAUGAUUUGGAAAGGCACACACCUGUCUAUAUAAUGUGCUAUAAUGUCAGUGCAUGUCAGAGCAAAAACCAAGCCAUGAGGUCGAAGGAAUUGUCCGUAGAGCUCCAAGACAGGAUUGUGUCGAGGCACAGAUCUGGGGAAGGGUACCAAAAAAUGUCUGCAGCAUUGAGGAAACCUGGCACCAUCCCUACGGUGAAGCAUUGUGGUGGCAGCAUCAUGCUGUGGGUAUGUCUUUCAGCGGCAGCAACUGGGAGACUAGACAGGAUCGAGGGAAAGAUGAACGGAGAAAAGUACAUAGAGAUCCUUGAUGAAAACCUGCUCCAGAGCACUCAGUACCUCAGACUGGGGCGAAGGUUCACCUUCCAACAGGACAACGACCUUAAGCACACAGCCAAGACAACGCAGGAGUGGCUUCGGGACAAGUCUCUGAAUGUCCUUGAGUGGCCCAGACAGAUCCUGGACUUGAAACCGAUCGAACAUCUCUGGAGAGACCUGAAAAUAGCUGUGCAGCGACGCUCCCCAUCCAAGCUGACAGAGCUUGAGAGGAUCUGCAGAGAAGAAUGGGAGAAACUUCCCAAAUACAGGUGUGCCAAGCUUGUAGCGUCAUUCCCAAGAUGACUCGAGGCUGUAAUCUCUGCAUCAACAAAGUACUGAGAAAAGGGUCUGAAUACUUAUGUAAAUGUGAUAUUUCAGUUAUUCUACUUUUUUGUUCUAAAGACCUGUUUUCGCUUUGAAAUUAUUGGGUAUUGUGUGUAGGUUGAGGAAAAAAAACAAUUGUAAUUAAUUUUAGAAUAAGGCUGUAACGUAACAAAGUGGAAAAAGUCAAGGGGUCUGAAUACUUUACGAAUGCACUGUGUAUAUACACACACACACACACACACACACACACACACACACACAGUACGCACACACAUACUCUCUCUCUCACACACACACACACACACACACACUUCCCUAUCCCCCUUCACAAUCAAAUGUCUAGAGGGUAGGAGUUCUUUUGGAAUCCAGCAUCUCUCUCACACAUACAAUCACACACCCACGCCAGUCACUCUCUUGUAUAACCACAGACAUUGAGAAGAAGCAGCCAGGCGAGGACUGUGCCCCAGAGCCCGCCCCCAGCUCUAGUAAAAGCCAGUCAGCCGUCUUCUGUAGCGAAACGAGCAGCAGCAGUAGCCAAUCCCUGUCGUCGGCGCCUGUCAGCUCAGUGGAGCCGUCGACGAAGACACAGGAGCCACACCUCUACCUGAACAAGAUGGUAAGGACAGGGGCCUAUGGCCUGCAGUUUAGAAUGUUGAUUUUAUUAUACAUACAGUGAGGGGAAAAAAGUAUUUGAUCCCCUGCUGAUUUUGUACUUUGCCCACUGACAAAGACACGAUCAGUCUAUAAUUUUAAUGGUAGGUUUAUUUGAACAGUGAGAGACAGAAUAAAAACGCAUGUCAAAAAUGUUAUAAAUUUAUUUGCAUUUUAAUGAGGGAAAUAAUUAUUUGACUCCUCUGCAAAACAUUACUUAGUACUUGGUGGCAAAACCCUUGUUGGCAAUCACAGAGGUCAGACGUUUCUUGUAGUUGGCCACCAGGUUUGCACACAUCUCAGGAGGGAUUUUGUUCCACUCCUCUUUGCAGAUCGUCUCCAAGUCAUUAAGGUUUCGAGGCUGACGUUUGGCAACUCGAACCUUCAGCUCCCUCCACAGAUUUUCAAUGAGAUUAAGGUCUGGAGACUGGCUAGGCCACUCCAGGACCUCAAUGUGCUUCUUCUUGAGCCACUCCUUUGUUGCCUUGGCCGUGUGUUUUGGGUCAUUGUCAUGCUGGAAUACCCAUCCACGACCCAUUUUCAAUGCCCUGGCUGAGGGAAGGAGGUUCUCACCCAAGAUUUGACGGUACAUGGCCCCGUCCAUCGUCCCUUUGAUGCAGUGAAGUUGUCCUGUCCCCUUAGCAGAAUAACACCCCCAAAGCAUAAUGUUUCCACCUCCAUGUUUGACAGUGGUGAUGGUGUUCUUGGGGUCAUAGGAAGCAUUCCUCCUCCUCCAAACACGGCAAGUUGAGUUGAUGCCAAAGAGCUCGAUUUUGGUCUCAUCUGACCACAACACUUUCACCCAAUUCUCCUCUGAACUGAAUCAUUCAGAUGUUCAUUGGCAAACUUCAGACGGCCCUGUAUAUGUGCUUUCUUGAGCAGGGGGACCUUGCGGGCGCUGCAGGAUUUCAGUCCUUCAUGGCGUAUUGUGUUACCAAUUGUUUUCUUGGUGACUAUGGUCCCAGCUGCCUUGAGAUCAUUGACAAUGUCCUCCCGUGUAUUUCUGGGCUGAUUCCUCACCGUUCUCAUGAUCAUUGCAACUCCACGAGGUGAGAUCUUUCAUGGAGCCCCAGGCCGAGGAAGAUUGACAGUUAUUUUGUGUUUCUUCCAUUUGCAAAUAAUCACACCAACUUGUCACCUUCUCACCAAGCUGCUUGCCAAUGGUCUUGUAGCCCAUUCCAGCCUUGUGUAGGUCUAUAAUCUUGUCCCUGACAUCCUUGGAGAGCUCUUUGGUCUUGGCCAUGGUGGAUAGUUUGGAAUCUGAUUGAUUGCUUCUGUGGACAGGUGUAUUUUAUACAGGUAACAAGCUGAGAUUAGGAGCACUCCCUUUAAGAGUGUGCUCCUAAUCUCAGCUCGUUACCUGUAUAAAAGACACCUGGGAGCCAGAAAUCGUUCUGAUUGAGAGGUGGUAAAAUGUUUAUUUCCCUCAUUAAAAUGCAAAUCAAUUUAUAAAAUGUUUGACAUGGGUUUUUCUGGAUUUUGUUGUUGUUAUUCUGUCUCUCACUGUUCAAAUAAACCUACCAUUAAAAUUAUAGACUGAUCAUAUCUUUGUCAGUGGGGAAACGUACAAAAUCAGCAGGGGAUCAAAUACUUUUUUCUCUCACUGUAUGUGACCGACCACCUCGAUUCGGUUUUAUGUAGCAACAUUUGAAACUGUGUUUUUUCCAUUGGAUAAAAGUAGUGUCUCAGAGCUAGACAAUGGUAUAUCAUACACUGCAGUUGAGGAACAAUGGGAAAGUAAUUCUGCUUUGAAAGUUGAUAAACUUAUAACCCCACUUUUGAGAAAAUGACCCUUGAAUGUUUUGGUACACCUACUGGACAGCUCUUCUUUGUAUACCCAUUCAGCAUCAUUCACACCCUCUUAAGCCUUAGCCCCACCCAUUUCUUUAAGGAUUCACAUGUGAGGCCAUUUGGUUAAUACACCCUUUAUCAAAUAAAAUAUAAAAAAAUUUUGUCACAUGCACAGGAUACAGAAGGUGUAGCAAUAUCAAAAACAAAGUGUCCAGGUGAAAAUAUUGUAUCAUUAUUAGAUGACACUUACCCGACACACUAAAUUGAUGAGUAAUGUGAAGGAAAUGCUAUAACCAUCCCCCAGCCACAUCUAGCUAAGUGGAUUGGUCACUAUUGUCUAGACCUGUACACAUGUCCAUGAAAUUAAUUAAUAUUUUUAAUUAAUUAAUUAAUUAAUUAAUUAAUAAUUAUUAAUUUAAUUAAUACAUAUUAAUUUUAAUUAAUUUUAAUUAAUUAAAUACAAUAGAUGGCUGUAAUCACCCAGACACACCUGGCUAAUUUGAUGGGUCAUGUAAUAAUCAGGCCGAAGUGGAGUCUUUAUUGUUUAGAUGUGUAGCUAGCUAGCUAAACAAUGAACCGGCAUAAUCCCAACUCAUACUGCUACUAAUACAAACAUUGCCAUAGCUGUAGUAUGAAUCUGCAGGUAGCUAAAGCUAAUAAACUAGGUUCAAUGUUAGCUAGCUAACAUUAGGCUAUAACUAGCAAUGCAAAUGGUUUUCUGAUUUAGAAUAAUAUUACUACACAGAUCAUACACGUAACAUUAGCUAGCGAACCAGCAAGCUAAUGUUAGCUAGUUAUCUAACAGCAUGCUUUAACUUGCAAUAAAAAAUGACUUUCUGACAAAACAUAUCUGAAAAUGUAGCUAGAUUUACCUGUAUACAUGGAUGAACGUUUCACGGCAGACUGGAACCAUUUAGCUCCGUUUUGUUUGUAGCUACAUCUUGUUUGGCCAGCGUUGUGUCAUGUCACUCCGGUUCACACUGACCGUGUUGUGUGCAGAAAGUAGCCCAUCACUUUUUCCAACUGAUCUGUCGAUAGCACCUGCUAAAUUCAGGGCAUCAAUGUUGUUGAGGAAGGUAGCAAAACUUUUGUAGUUCUCGAUGGCUAACGUUAUAUCUUUCAGUGCGAUAGAAAGGACUGUCAACACAUAGUGAACAGCUCACAUUAUAGACAGAAGCAUGCUACAUGGCAGACCAAUCCAAACUCAUCUCCCGGCAUGUCCAGCCCAUCCAUUAUCUCAGCCAAUCGUGGCUAGCGGGAAGGUUCCUGUCUUUUUCUGUUGCUAAACUAACUAGGUUCGUAAUUUUAACAAUUGUAUUCGUAUUUAUGGAUGGAAUGCAAGUUUGUUAGAGCACAUGAAUGUUCACAUGUUCCAGAAGGCAUUUCUGCCAAAAAACACAAUUUGAUAAAAAAUAAAUGUUUACGUUCAAAUGCCGCUCCUGUGAAGUAGUGAAGUGCUACAUACACCUAGUUUCCUGAAACGAGUUACAUAUACACAGUACAUUUUAAAAACAUAACCGGGAUUGCACGAUAAAGUUGUGGUUCCUAAACCACCAGUUAAUAGAUAUUUGUGUGUGUCUUUCUGUGUGUUUCCAUGAGACAGACUAACACAGUCUGCUUUCUUUAAUAAACACACACACACACACACACUUAGUCCUUUAGUCCAGGAGCCUGCUAUUGCAGAGGACACAUCUGCUAUUUUCUGCAGCAACAGUGGAGCUGCCCAUACCAGGCUAUAUCUGUCCUGGCAUAAAUAGGAGAGAGAGGUGGGAGAAUGGAAGGCAGUCAGAGUCAGAGUCCCAGUCAUGACAGUGACCUGUCAUGACUGGCACCCAUUUUAAUGAACGGUAAAAUGUAUUUCUGUAGCGAUUAGUGUAAGAUACUUGACUUGUCAGUCACAUUGACUCUUGGGUUAUUCAACCUCAAUUGACAUAUAGACAAUAUAUAUCAUAGGUAGCUAAGUAAGUUAGCCAAACAUAAAGGUAAUUUGGAUACCAUUUAUUGAUAGAGAAAAAUGAUUCCCUGUCAUAAAAAUGAUUAAUGCUGCCAAGUUGCUGUUCCAGCAAGUCUAGAAGGGUUUAUGAGUAUGCAAUGUCCAAGUCAGAGGUUCAGCAUUGGCCACCUUACGCCUAUAUAAACUCAGCAAAAAAAGAAACAGCCCCUUUUUCAGGACCCUGACUUUCAAAGAUACUUCGUAAAAAUCCAAAUAACUUCACAGAUCUUCAUUGUAAAGGGUUUAAACACUGUUUCCCAUGGUUGUUCAAUGAACCAUAAACAAUUAAUGAACAUGCACCUGUGGAACUGUCUUUAAGACACUAACAGCUUACAGUCUGUAGGCAAUUAAGGUCACAGUUAUGAAAACUUAGGACACUAAAGAGGCCUUUCUACUAACUCUGAAAAACACCAAAAGAAAGAUGCCCAGGGUCCCUGCUCAUCUGCGUGAACGUGCCUUAGGCAUGCUGCAAGAAGGCAUGAGUACUGCAUAUGUGGCCAGGGCAAUAAAUUGGAAUGUCCGUACUGUGAGACGCAUAAGACAGUGCUACAGGGAGACAGGACGGACAGCUGAUCGUCCUCGCAGUGGCAGACCACGUGUAACAACACCUGCACAGGAUCGGUACAUCCGAACAUUACACCUGUGGGACAGGUACAGGAUGGCAACAACAACUGCCCGAGUUACACCAGGAACGCACAAUCCCUCCAUCAGUGCUCAGACUGUCCGCAAUAGGCUGAGAGAGGCUGGACUGAGGGCUUGUAGGCCUGUUUUAAGGCAGGUCCUCACCAGACAUCACCGGCAACAACGUCGCCUAUGGGGACAAACCACCGUCGCUGGACCAGACAGGACUGGCAAAAAGUGCUCUUCACUGACGAGUCGCGGUUUUGUCUCACCAGGGGUGAUGGUAGGAUUCUAGUUUAUCGUCGAAAGAAUGACCGUUACAACGAGGCCUGUACUCUGGAGCGGGAUCGAGGUGGAGGGUCCGUCAUGGUCUGGGGCAGUGUGUCACAUCAUCGGACUGAGCUUGUUGUCAUUGCAGACAAUCUCAACUCUGUGCAUUACAGGGAAGACAUCCUCCUCAUGACAUGACCCUCCAGCAUGACAAUGCCAACAGCCAUACUGCUCAUUCUGUGCCUGAUUUCCUGCAAGACAGGAAUGUCCGUUUUCUGCCAUGGCCAGCGAAGAGCCCGGAUCUCAAUCCCAUUGAGCACGUCUGGCACCUGUUGGAUCGGAGGGUGAGGACUAGGGCUAUUCCCCCCCUAGAAAUGUCUGGGAAAAUGCAGGUGCCUUGGUGGAAGAGUUGGCUAACAUUUCACAGCAAGAACUGGCAAAUCUGGUGCAGUCCAUGAGGAGGAGAUGCACUGCAGUACUUAAUGCAGCUGGUGGCCACACCAGAUGCUGACUGUUACUUUUGAUUUUGACCCCCCCUUUGUUCAGGGACACAUUAUUCAAUUUCUGUUAGUCACAUGUCUGUGGAACUUGUUCAGUUUAUGUCUCAGUUGUUGAGUCUUGUUAUGUUCAUACAAAUAUUUACACAUGUUAAGUUUGCUGAAAAUAAACGCAGUUGACAGUGAGAGGAAGUUUCUUUUUUUGCUGAGUUUAAUUAUCUACAAUUCAACAAAUUUAACUGUAAAUCUGCGUUGUCUCACUUCUAAACAGGUGACUCUUUCCAAACUUAAAAUGUCUCUAGAUGUAGGGAUUGACAUGACAUUUUAGGGCCACAAAACAUCAGUCUAUUAAAUACCUCCAAGAAGAAUACAUGAAAAAAAGAAAAUACAUCUAAGAUAGUCAAUAAAUAACUACAUUGCAUCACGCCUUGACCCUCCUUGUCCAUCAGUCUGCUCUUUGUAGUUGAUGGAUUGUACUAACCACAAGUCUCUCUCUUCCUUUCUUUUUUUUUUCCCUUUCUCUUCCAGAAGUCUCCAGCACAGACACAGCCCACGGCACACUAGUAUCCACCCCCACAAAACGGCCCUGCAACUCAGGUAGCUAUGGUUCGAUGGACCUAACACUGGUUUCUGUGUCAGGCGCUGUGUUCCCACUACGGGCCUGUCAACUCCACUUAACGGAGCCGGAAUGGAGUGAGACUAGUGUCGGAGGGAAUUGGAAUCAACCACUGUUAAUUGAUCCAAAAUGGCAGAAUUAAUUGACCCGAUAGGUAGACUGUAAAUUGAAAGCAAUAAUGGGGGAUAUGGGAAAAGUAGGCUACCUCACAUUUGUUAGGUAUUUUUCAUUAAGUAUAUUCCCUACGCAAUUGAAACUGCACACGCACUUCAGUGAGCAAGUAAGUGAAGUGACCAUAGAUUGUAUUUGGGUAUUGCUUAGGCUCUACAGUCUUAUGUAAUAUGGCUGCAAUAUUUGACCUUUCCAUCUUAUUAAGGUUGACAUUAAGGAGUGGACAUGCGUUCAAGCGCACACCCACACACACUUGUCAGCGAGUCUUAAACGGCUAAGGGACCCCUCUUCCCCUGCCUGAGAUCACGUGUUUCUACCAUCCAUUGAGGGCUGCGUUGCUAAAAAGAAGACCGAUUUUAAAAAGGCAGAAAGACUGGAGAUAACAAAGGGAGUCUCCAUCCCAAAUUGCACCCUAUUCCCUACAUAGGGCACACAGAGAGAUUCCAUAGGAUAAUGGGCGUGGAGGAAUUGAUCGCGACUCACAAAGAUUCGCCGGUCAACUUGGCCUAGUUGUCAGAGAUUUAUAGAGCCGAGAUCUUUGUUCCACAGCCGAAACAGGGAGGAAAGAAAAAUCACUGGGAUUGUGGAGAAAAAUCCUGACCUAAAACUGACUACUGGGCAGAUGUUUGACUCAUUUCUUCAGCGGCAGCCAUUUUAACUAAAGUAAUGUAUGGGUAUUGUUGUCUGUUAUUUUGUUGUAGAAUGUGAUUGGGGAAGUGCUUUAAUUAGCCCAAUGCAGCAUUUCUCAAACCUCUCCUUGGGGACCCUCAGCUGUUCCUUGUAUUUGAUGUAUUACAGAGGUAGCACACCUGAUUCAACUUAUCAUCAAGCCCUUGACUAGCUAUUUCAGGUGUGUAUUCAUUAGUGUAAACCAUUGCAAAAACUUUUGCAACAGAACGUUUUGCCACAAAUAAAAAGGAUUAUUGGAGUUCAGGUUAGUUUUGGCCCGUUUUCUUUUGUUUGGUUCCUAGUGAAUACAUCCCAGGUGUGCUAAUUCUGGGCUACAACAAAAUUGUGAAAUGUCUGGGAGUCCCCAAAGAGAGGUUUGAGAAACAAUGUCUAAUGUAUUUGUUAACAUGUACAGUGGAUUCGGAAAGUAUUCAAACCCCUUCCCUUUUUCCACAUUUUGUUACGUUACAGCCUUAUUCUAAAAUUGAUAGAAUACAUUUUUUUGGCUUUGUCAUUAUGGGGCAAUGUGUGUAGAUUGAUUAGGGGAAAAAAACAAUUUAAUAAUUUAGAAUAAGGCUGUAAUGUAACAAAAUGUGGAAAAAGUCAAGGGGUCUGAAUACUUUCCGAAUGCACUGUAAGUUAAGCGAGAACAUAUUCUCUUUAAACGACAACCCUGGACACACUAGUGAAGGGCUUUCCGAGUCUUUUCGGUGAGCCGGCUUAUUUGGCUCCGUUCACGUAAAAGACCCAGCUCGUUUGGCUCCCAAACGGCGCUUCGUUCAAAAUGCUUCAAAAUCGCCCAAAACAAUUAUAAUGCAUCUCCAAUGUAAAGCCCAAAAGGUAGUCUGCCAUUGUCAGAUCCUGAAAUGCACAUUCCAAUAAAUGUUUGUUUCUGCAGUGAAGAUUCACCCUCUUAAAAUAAAAAUAGUCGGUCUAAGGAACAUCAAAAUCUGUCAGUUUAAGCUGUUAUUUGGCAUUGGAUGCGUCUCAAUCUACCGCAUCCGUCGAUGUCGCACUUCCACAUCUGUGGUGAAAGGUGGCAGAGCAAGAGAGGUGUUUGUCAGACCAUGAAACAUCUCUAAAAUCGGUUUCCUCACGAAAACGACUGUAGCGUCUGAACGGAUUGACCUAUAAACGAAUAUGACCACUCUAUGGAAAGGGGAGACUCCGUUUUGCUCUACGACCCCCACAAGUGUCACGGGAGUCGUCUGAAGGUAAGCGGUACCGGUUUAAAAACAUGAAUGGAAGUACAGUAUGAAGGUAGUUUUGUGCCUACACAUAAAAAAGGGUUAAAUAUGUGUAGAAAAUCAUAUAUUUCCUGAGCUUUCUUAUAAAUUUGAUCUCCUAGACUCUGUAUAGGACAAACACUUCAAAACCUUAUUUCUUACGAUUAGUCUUUUUUUGCCAUUUAUGAAUGUUCAUUUCAGUGGGCUAUAAAGGCCAAAUUCAAUAUUUUAUCAAAUAAUGUUUGUAUUUUUUUGUAUACCUAAAUGGGUAAAAUUCAAAAUCCAAUAGCUAAAUGAUCCAUAGUAUGACCAUCUUAAAAAAAUGCCAUAUGUCAGCUUAGACGUUCAGAAGGAGCCGUUCGUUUGCGAACGACCCUUCACUAAAUCACACCCUUAAUGGAUCGGUGUGGCCUUUUUUGUGUGUGUUUUCUUUUUGUGUGUGUGUGUGUGAGCAGCCUCUGAGUCAGAGAGUGAUGCAUCCCCAGAGAAGAGGGUACGGGUGGGCCACGGGUCUAAGGAGUCGUCAUCGUCCCACGGGGCUUCCAAGCAGAAGAGCCGCCGGCGCUGCCACCGAUGCCAAACCAAACUGGAGCUGGUACAGCAAGAGCUGGGCUCCUGCCGCUGUGGUCAGUACACACACACGCACUCAUAAAAACAUAAACAGACAUAGGUCUACAUAUGGGACACUUAUACAAACAUGCAAGCAAAUACAGAGGCUCAUAUAUGCUUACGUUCACACACUCGUUCUCAUACAAAUGCAUGUAUGCUAACAUUCCUGUGUAGACACACAGUACAGGGCAUUCUGAAAGUAUUCAGACCCCUUGACUUUUUCCACAUUUUGUUACUUUACAGCCUUAUUCUAAAAUUGAUUAAAUAAAUAACGUUCCUCAUCAAAUCUACACACCAUACCCCAUAAUGACAAAGCAAAAACACGUUUCUAUAAAUUUUAGCACAUUUAUUAAAAUAAAAAACAGAAAUACCUUGUUUACAUAAGUAUUCAGACCCUUUGCUAUGAGACUCAAAAUUGAGCUCAGGUGCAUCCUGUUUCCAUUGAUCAUCCUUGAUGUUUCUACAAGUUGAUUGGAGUCCACCUGUGGUAAAUUCAAUUGAUUGGACAUUAUUUGGAAAGGCACACCUGUCUAUAUAAGGUCCCACAGUUGAAAGUGCAUGUCAGAGCAAAAACCAAGCCAUGAGGUCGAAGGAAUUGUCCGUAGAGCUCCGAGACAGGAUUGUGUCGAGGCACAGAGCUGGGGAAGGGUACCAAAAUAAUUUCUGCGGUAUUGAAGGUCCCCAAGAACACAGUGGCCUCCAUAAUUCUUAAAUGGAAGAAGUUUGGAACCACCAAGACUCUUCCUAGAGCUGGUCGCACAGCCAAACUGAGCAAUCGGGGGAGAAGAGCCUUGGUCAGGGAUGUGACCAAGAACCCAAUGGUCACUCUGACAGAGCUCUAGAGUUCGUCUGUGGAGAUGGGAGAACCUUCCAGAAGGACAACCAUCUCUGCAGCACUCCACCAAUCAGGCCUUUAUGGUAGAGUGACCAGACCGAAGCCACUCCUCAGGAAAAGGCACAUGACAGCCCGCUUAGAGUUUGCCAAAAGGCACCUAAAGGACUCUCAGGCCAUGAGAAACAAGAUUCUCUGGUCUGAUAAAACCAAGAUUGAACACUCUGAACUGAAUACCAAGCGUCACGUCUGGAGGAAACCUGGCACCAUCCCUACGGUGAAGCACGGUGGUGGCAGCAUCAUGCUGUGGGGAAGUUUUUCAGCAGCAGGGACUGGGAGACUAGUCAGGAUCGAGGGAAAGAUGAACAGCGCAAAGUACAGAGAGCUCCUUCAUGAAAAUCUGCUCCAGAGCGCUUAGGACCUCAGACUGGGGCUAAGGUUCACCUUCUAACCGGACAAUGACCCUAAGCACACAGCCAAGACAACGCAGGAGUGGCUUCGGUUCAAGCCUCUGAAUGUCCUUGAGUGGCCCAGCCAGAGCCCGGACUUGAACCCAAUCUAAUGUCUCUGGAGAGACCUGAAAAUAGCUGUGCACCGACGCUCCCCAUCCAACCUGACAGAGCUUGAGAGGAUCUGCAGAGAAGAAUGGGAGAAACUCCACAAAUAGGUGUGCUUUUGUUUAGGCCUCAUUUAAGGGAGAAAAAGUGAUACUGUUACUUCACUUGCCUCAGGAGCAUUUCAACUGGACUGAUAUUUUGUACUUGACCGCCCCAAAAAGUAAUACUGUUUUUAAAAAAAACUACUUUGAGCUAAUGAACUUGUUUUUCAUACAAAUGAGACUUCAUACUUAAGACUCAACUCGUCAGAGUUAAGAACUUACUCAUAAGUUGCUUUACCCUCGUAUUCUAGAACUGCAGACCUGGAGGCAUAGAUUUAGACGGAGGCCUCACUCAAAAAUGAAAUAGGACACAUGGUUGGAGUAAAUUCCAGUUUGUAGCUACGUUCCAUUUCAUUGCAGUAAAUUCUUGAAAUAAACUGAAAUUCCAAUGGUAAGUUUUUUUUAAUUGCGAAAAUGUUACAAGGUAUUUCAUUUCAUUUCCUGAAUUGACUGAAUUAAAAGGGAAUUGACCCCAACCCUGAUUGGCCAUACCUCAGUUUAGAGACAACUAGAAGGUAGUUGAUGGACCCAGAUAAUCAGCUAAACUAAUUUGGUGUUGAUUACUUUACUACUGUUUAGCACUAGCAUUGUUGACUACCUCUAUUUUCAUGUUGUCAACAGCAAGUAUAAAUCAAUAGUCUAAAUCACUUUGAAUGAGCUACCUCUUUAAGGCUUAGCUAUAUAUAUCUGAUAAAUCCACAAUCACAUUGUUAGUAAGCCUAUCAUUUCAGCCACUAAGCAGUAAUUGUAUGCUACUAAAUGUGUCAUUACUGAAGCCACCGCCUGUGCUUGCGUAGCACUGCUAUUUGUUAUGACAACGAGUCAUUCUAAUGAUGGCUUAAUGACACGUCUCGCUGUUAGUGACUGAAUGCUUUGCCGCCAAAUUGAUGGCACCUUCUGUUAAGCGCUAGCAGCAUUUUCACAGCAACUCUUAACUAUCACUUGAGAAAGAGUUUUCCCUGCCGUUUGUCAGGAGAAGUACCUCACUUGAUCUGUUUAUCUAUUGGCCGUGCUUUGUUUUGGGCUGUGAAUGUUUUUGUGUACAAUAGCAAUAGCUUUGUCCCUUUAUCGUAUAUUAACCAUGCUCUAUCUUAAGUUGAAGUUUUGUGUUAACUGUUAACACCAGUAGGUACAUCUGUUAGCAUUUUAUAUGUCAGAGGUGAGGUGAGGUGAGGUGUGUGUGUGUGUGUGUGUGUGUGUACGGUGCAUAUGUACACACACACACACACACCACUACAGGCACACAUAUCAGUUACUUUAGUCACCAAAUCUCUUUCUCCUCACACUCCCACCAAACUCCCCUACCCCCACUCCCCUUUCGUGUCCAUCAGCUGCUCCCUCUUCCACCGUUACCUUCGGCUCCAUGCUAGCCCCGCUGUAGCACCACACUACCACAUCUUUCUUUAUUCAUUCCCGUGCACGGCUUAAUAAUCGCCGCCGCCACUCUUCAAUUAAAGGGCGCUGCGGGUGCUGUCGCUCUGAGACUUUAAUCAGUGUUUGUCGCUGUCAGGAACAUUAUGCAUAUUAAUGAAUACAUUAAGACUCUCAACGUAACUAACGAGUCUCUCUCUCUCUCUGUUAAUGAGACUCCUUUCAGCUACCGGGCCUUUGUGGAGGGCUAACACAAUGGAGACUCAAUGGGGAGGAUCGCUGGUGGUUGUGUCUUCACUGGCAAUGAUACUCCGGCAGCUUAGCUCCUAAGGGCUGAUUUUGAGAUCAGGGUUGUUUGACUGACAAUGAUACUCAGGCUGGAGUGUAUUGAAGAUGGUGGGUGUUGUACCUCCUAAUGACUGACUAGAGGUCAGUCCUAGCUCCUUGUAUUUUAUUUAACUAGGCAAGUCAGUUAAGAACAAAUUCUUAUUUACAAUGGCGACCUACCAAAAGGCAUAAGGCCUCCUGCGGGGACGGGGGCUAGGAUUCAAAAUAAAAAUAUAGGACAAAACACACAUCAAGACGAGAGACGCCACAACACUACAUAAAGAGAGACCUAAGACGACAACAUAGCAUGGCGACAAGACAGCAUGGUAGCAACACCACAUGACAACAACAUGGUAGCAACACAACAUGGUAGCAGCAUAAAACAUGGUACAAACAUUAUUGGGCACAGACAACAGCACAAAGGCAAGAAGGUAGAGACAACAAUACACAAGUGUCAGUAAGAGUGUCCAUGAUUGAGUCUUUGAAUGAAGAGAUGGAGAUAAAACUGUCCAGUUUGAGUGUUUUUUGCAGCUCGUUCCAGUCACUAGCUGCAGGGAACUGAAAAGAGGAGCGACCCAGGGAUGUGUGUGCUUUGGGGACCUUUAACAGAAUGUGACUGGCAGAACUGGUGUUGUAUGUGGAGGAUGAGGGCUGCAGUAGGUAUCUCAUAUAGGGCGAGUGAGGCCUAAGAGGGUUUUAUAAAUAAGCAUCAACCAGUGGGUCUUGCUACGGGUAUACAGAGAUGACCAGUUUAGAGGAGUGUAGAGUGCAGUGAUGUGUCCUAUAAGGAGCAUUGGUGGCAAAUCUGAUGGCCGAAUGGUAAAGAACAUCUAGCCGCUCGAGAGCACCCUUACCUGCCGAUCUAUAAAUUACGUCUCCGUAAUCUAGCGUGGGUAGGAUGGUCAUCUGAAUCAGGGUUAGUUUGGCAACUGGGGUGAAAGAGGAGCGAUUACGAUAGAGGAAACCAAGUCUAGGUUUAACCUUAGCCUGCAGCUUUGAUAUGUGCUGAGAGAAGGACAGUGUACCGUCUAGCCAUACUCCCAAGUAAUUGUAUGAGGUGACUACCUCAAGCUCUAAACCCUCAGAGGUAGUAAUCACACUGGUGGGGAGAGGGGCAUUCUUCUUACCAAACCACAUGACCUUUGUUUUGGAGGUGUUCAGAACAAGGUUAAGGGCAGAGAAAGCUUGUUGGACACUAAGAAACCUUUGUUAUAGAGCUUUUAACACAACAUCUGGGGAGGGGCCAGCUGAGUAUAAGACUGUAUCAUCUGCAUAUAAAUCGAUGAGAGAGUUUCCUACUGCCUAAGCUAUGUUGUUGAUGUAAAUUGAGAAGAGCGUGGGGCCUAGGAUCGAGCCUUGGGGUACUCCCUUGGUGACAGGCAGUGGCUGAGCCAGCUGAUGUUCUGACUUCAUACACUGCACUCUUUGAGAGAGGUAGUUAGGAAACCAGGUCAAAGACCCCUCAGAGACACCAAUACUCCUUAGCCGGCCCACAAGAAUGGAAUGGUCUUUGGCCAAGUCAAUAAAAAUAGCAGCACAACAUUGCUUAGAAUCAAGGGCAAUGGUGACAUCAUUUAGGACCUUUUAAGGUUGCAGUGACACAUCCAUAACCUGAUCAGAAACCAGAUUGCAUACCAGAGAGAAUACUAUAGACAUCAAGAAAGCCAGUCAGUUGAUUAUUGACAAGUUUUUCUAACACUUUUGAUAAACAGGGCAAGAUAGAAAUUGGCCUGUAACAGUUAGGAUCAGUUUGAUAAAGGACGCACCGUGGCUGCCUUCCAAGCAAUGGGAACCUCCCCAGAGAGGAGAGACAGGUUAAAAAGGUCAGAGAUAGGCUUGGCGAUGAUAGGGGCUGCAACCUUAAGGAAGAAAGGAUCUAAACCAUCUGACCCGGAUGGGUUUUUUGGGGUCAAGUUUAAGGAGCUCAGACUCAGUGACCGCCUGCAGGGAGAAACUUUGUACCGGGGCAGGGGAAAAAGAGGGAGGAGCAUCGGGGCUAGUCGCAUUAGAAGGGGUAGGAGAUAAGGAAAUGUUGGACGGGCAAUUAGGCAAGGCUGAGUCAAAUAGGAAUCCUGACUUAAUGUAGUGGUGAUUUUAAAGAGCUCAGCCAUGUGCUCCUUGUCAGUAACAACCACAUCAUCAACAUUAAGGGACAUGGGCAGCUGUGAGGAGAAGUGUUUAUUCUCCAGGUCUUUAACCGUUUUCCAGAACUUCUUGAGGUUAGACCCACAGAGAGAACUGCUCCUUAAAGUAACUAACUUUGGCCUUCCGGAUAGCCUGAACGAGAGCCAGUCAGCCUGAGUAUGCGUGUGCCGAGCCUUUCGCCAAAUGGAGUUCUUGAGGUGGAGUAACUCUGCCAGAUCACGGUCGAACCAGGGGCUGAACCUGUUUUUUAAUUCUCAUUUUCUUUAUGGGGACGUUUGUUAACAAUAACACUGAAAUAUCAAAAAAGAAGGUCCAAGCGUAAUCGACACAGGGGAUCAAGCUGAUUCCAUACCAAUUUACAGAGGCCAGGUCAUAAAGGAAGGCUUGCGCAUUAAAGUUUUUUAGCAAGCGUCUAUGACAAAUCAGGACGUAAGGGUUGAUUUUUUUAUUACAUGUUUCAUGCGUAGAGUAUUGAAGACCGGUGUCGUAGCUUCUAAGGACUGAUUUGAGAUCCUGCGUUUUAUGUACACAGUGGUGUUCUUGUGAGCCGAGUAUAAUGGCAUUAGAAGAAUACUUUAUUCUCUAAUUUUAAUUUUAAUGUUUUGUUCACAGAAUUGCAUUAGCUGGGGUUGAAGCUUUACAAUGUGGAGAUGCAUUUGUUGUCUCUGUUCUAUUGAAUUGGAUCUGGCUUUAUUGACAUAUUAGAGAAAAUGUAUGCCGCUAUAGCUAGCUAACUUGGGAACGAGGUCUGGGCCCAAUUUAUCUUUUGAAAGAAUUUGAAAAAGUACCCCGUCCUACACCCUUGCUCCCCAUCUCCUCUCUUAUUCUCCUCUUAUCUAUUCACAUCUUAAUUUAAUCUUCUUUGUCCCCCUUUCUUGCCCAUCACCAUUAAAAUAUGUAGCCUAACAACAAGUGUGCUCCCAAACAGGACAAAAUUAUGCCUUAAAAAUCUGGGGGAGGGCCAGAAAACGAAGGGAGUUUUUUAACUAUUGGUGCAACGACACAUCUGUCAACCAAUUGAAAAAGGAGAACCACGUUUCUCCUGCCUCAUUUUCUCCCCACUCCACCACUCCCCUAUGUUGAAGAAUGCAUUUAAUGUAUUUAGGUUUGGAAGCGUCCUUGAGGCGUCCGCAUGCUUCCCAGCCGAAACAGUUUGGGAGAGUUUGUGCAUAUAUUAUGACGACAUUUUGUGACGUUUUUGUUUGUUUUGGACUUUGGUGAGGGUAUACGAGCAUACUCGUUCGGCUAAGAGCAUAGUCAGCACCUCUUCAAUGUUUUUGGGUGUGUGUCAACUCAUGCUUUUUGAGCUAUAUCAAAGUAGAAAACAUCUCACUUUCUCUUUCUCUCCACCAGGCUACGUGUUCUGCAUGCUCCAUCGGCUGCCCGAGCAGCACGACUGCCUCUUUGACCACCUGGGGCGUGGGCGCGAGGAGGCCGUCCUCAAGAUGGUCAAGCUGGAUCGCAAGGUGGGCCGCUCAUGCCAGCGCAUCGGUGAGGAGUGCUCCUGAACACCCCCCCCCCCCCCCCCAACCAACCCCAACCCCAACCCCAACCCCGACGAUGAGAGCGAGGAAGAGGAGAGAAAGAGACUGCGUUCCAAUUCGUCCACCUUUAUCCAGAAAUGUGCAGUUGUACAGUCCCCGUCAUGGAUUUAUGAAAAGUAUAGGAUUGGUGUAAAGCAUUGGCUGCGUUGUUAAAUCAAUGUGAGAAAGUGUGUAAGUGGAGACUUCAGGGAAAAGGUGGCAAAUGGGGACGCAGACAAAUACACGCUUUAUACACACUUUUGUCCCCAGUGCCCCUUUUUGUUGUGACUAUGCUCUUACCUCAAAUAAGCAGACAAAGCACUGCUAAUUUUCGCGCCCCGGCAAGGGACUGCUAAAGCCACCUAUCUGUCACUUCCCUGUCUGCCAACCUCAUAAUAAAGACCAGAGCCCCCUUAUUUCAUCACUUCUACCACAGAGUGGGAUGAAGUUACCCCAUAGACACUGAUCUAAGGUCCGUUUUUAGUUCAGGUCAACCCAGUGAUUAAGGGUAUGAUGCAAGGCAGGUUAAGCUGAUCUUAGAUCUUUACCAAAGGGGCACCUACCACCCCAAGACAUCUCUUGAAUCCCUCCACUGUUUUGUGUUUUUGACCUAUGACUUUUGAGGGUGUCACACCCACCACUGCUUCUCAGCCUUAACCCCUCCCACCUCCAGGUCAGGGACAUCCCUGUUCAGAAAAACUAUACCCCUCCUCUGCUUAUUGCUACUGUCCCGAUCAUCAUCAUCACCACCACCACCUCAGGUUUUGGGAGAAUCCAAUUAGAGGGUGGAGAGGCGGGGGGGUUGGACUAUUGCAAAGGCCAACCCAGCCCAACUCCCUUACCCCCUCCCUUUCUGACCUGCCUGCCACUGUUGACACAGCAGCCAUUUUCUGUAACUUGGGACAGAGAACUUUCUUUCUUGACAACAGGCACCGAUCGCCCUCCCAGUUAGGGGGGUUGGAUUCAAAAUGGAUUGGUCUGUCUGUCAGGGAUUUAAUCCAUCUCGACGUGUGAGUUUUAGUCGCUAUGGAGACAGAAAACAUACUCCUUGAGAUUUCCUUUGGCCAUGACGAUCAUGCUGAUACGGGUGCUGGCCAAAGAUAAACUUCUAAGAUGAUGACAUGGACACAGAAACAAAGAGCUGUCACGAGACUGUUCUGUGCCUCCAUCGGAAUCUGGUGCCCCCUGCACAGUUCACGCACAAACACACUUUUACGAACAUGUCCGUGCGCAGAGCACAAGGACAGUUAAGCAAAAUCAAGUGGACUGUGCUGACUUGGUGGAUAACCUUUGAAAAAGUUAUUCAGUAGGACGCUCAUGGGUGUUCAGGUUUUGCUCGAUAUAACCCAUAAUGUCUUAGCCAUGGACUUCAUUUCCCAUCAGCCCCCAAUGUUUGAAAUGUUUGAAAUGUUUCUGUGACGCCUCUGCCUCUCGAUGCCAACCCCGACCCCUCAGUGGGAUUCUAACGCUCGCUUUCUCACACACUCUUCUCCCUGCCCUUGCCCGUCGCACACCACUAUCUCUCUCCCCCUCUCCUUUCCUUUCACUCUCUCCAUUCCGUUCCCAGACAGCAUGUCUCGCUCUCACCUUUCUCUCCAUUAAUCCUUCCCUCUUUCAUUCUCAUUUCUCCACAGUAUUGAUUUUCUCAAUUGCUCUCUCUCAAACACACACCCUCUUUCUUUCUUGCCAAAGAGCGAACACUGA